AUGGCGGAAAUGUCGUCGAAAGAAAAUUCUACGAGAGCUUCACGCCCGUCUUCGGGAAGAAGAUCAGCGUCGGGUACGAAGAACAACAAUGUCACAAAAACAUCAGAUAUAUACAGCAAGGAAGAGGAGUACAAGCGACUUAAUGAAGAACUGGAAGUUAAAACAGCCAAUUUGGUUCGGGAAGCUGAAGAAGUUAUGCGAGAUCAGGAGUCAGUCCUGUCCAAGUCAAGACUGCUGGAUAACAUCAACACAGAUACGUUCCUCAAGGAAUUUGAUGAUGACCUCACUGGUCCAAAUGAAGCCAUGCCAAGACGGCCUAUAUCCCAUCCGAGUUCAAAAGUGUCCAAUCAGAUCAGACCAGGGUCAAGAUCAAAGAAACCAGGCCUACCGAGGACACGACCAAAAAGUCGCUCCAAGUCUAACCUUGCUGAUGACGUUGCCACGCUCGAUGAGACGUUCAUGACGGAGUUUCGAGAGAUGUCCAUGGCCGAGGCGAUAUCUCACAUCGAGGGAAACGUGGAUGACGACAGCUUGGUCAACGUCGAUGACGACAUUAUUCCAGCAGCAGCAGCUGACAUGGGGACAGAGGCGACGAUUCGGUUUCUCAAAGCCAAGCUGCGUGUGAUGCAGGAGGAGCUUGACAGACUGACACAGGAAUGUCAUAAAAAGGAUGAAGAGAGCAAUCGGCUUGCUACCAGACUGAAGGACUUGGAGGAGGAGAGGGGCCGUCUGGUUAGAACGGGCGCGUCUCAGCAAACACAGAUCGACAAAUACAAAAAGAUGGCAGAGGACGCCAAAAACAAGUCCGAAAGUGCUGAGACUCAGCUGGCGGGACUGAGGAAGGAGCUAGAACAGAUAAAACGCACUCAGAAACAGCAGACGUCCACACAGAGUGCUACGGAGGUGCGGCUGAAUCGAGCUCUCGAAGAAAUAGAAAAAUACAAGGAACAGCUACUGAAGUUCAAAUCUUCGUCAAAGGACACGUCAGAGCAGGAGAAGAAGAGACUAGAACAGCUGCUGUUGGCGAACCGGAGACUGGAGAAACAGAAGAACGAACUGAUGACGGGCUUCAAGAAACAGCUCAAACUUAUUGACAUACUCAAGAGACAGAAGAUGCACGUAGAAGCUGCGAAGAUGCUGCAGUUUUCUGAAGAAGAGUUUGUCAAGGCCUUGGAAUGGGGGAGCUAGUAUUAAUGCAAACACACACUGCACAGCAGGGCCCGGUAACACCUGCGUCAGAGGUACACCACACAUUAUGUAACAUUAUUUAUGGUGUACGUCUGACGUAAGUGUUACGAUUGCUUUAUGUUACCAGGCCCACAUUAGCAGAUUCCAUUUGAAAGAAAGCCAUUAACCCUUUCACUCCUUGGGUCUCUUUGACUAACAAGAUGUCAGAUUGAAAAUGGUUUCAAAGGGUUAAAACAUUUUGUGAACUGGAUCUCGAAGAAAAAGGACUUAACUUGCAUUUAAAGAAAAUCCUGGACAAGUGGUUUCCUACAUCGAGCAGGCACCUAAGUCAGUGUUACUAUUUUUCUACAAUCACAUUAUUAUGUAGCAACCUAUUUUUUUUUUCUAACUGGGCUGAGUUCAGCCAGACUGAGCAGAAAAACGUCCGCUAGACUGGUUUAUGCACUUUAUGUUAAACCAAAUGGUCACAUCGGGAACCAAUCAAAUAGUUCGCGAACACUGGCGAAACGUUCACUGGCUAAACUCUGGGGUAGGUAUUGGUGGUGUACGAUGAAUGAAUCAAUGAAUGUUUAAUGGCGCCCCAGCACAAAAAAAUACAUCGGCUAUUGGGUGUCAGACUACAAUGUAUGGUACAUAUGCGUACAUGAAGUAAUGAUCCACAUCAAUGUAACAAUUCAAGAAUCAGAUUAAAACAUGGUGUAACUAACUGUGCAACAAUACAAAUAUCACAGAUACGUUCGGUUGUGUAUUGUGGUUAAGACAUCAGACUAAAGGCUGGUAGAUACUGGGUUUGCAUCUCGGUACCGGCUCACACUCGGAACUCUGAAUUUUAAUAUGUCAACGGGAAGGACUACACCAAAUUCUCUCUCACUGACCACUAACAAACCCACUGUCCUGGACAGACUGCCCAGGUGUGUGCCCAGGACAGCGUGCUUGAAUUUAUAAUUAGAUAUAAGCAUUACAAUAAAGUUCAAAUGAUAUUUCACCAGUUUUAAGAGGCCAUUUUAAAAUAUUUCUUUGGUGUAAAAUUUGCAUGGAUCUGCAAAUCUCAUUUGCACAAGAGUAUAAGCAGUCUUUUAGCCACAAUAAGCAGUCUUAGCCACAAUAAGCAGUCUUUUAGCCACAAUAAGCAGUCUUAGCCACAAGCAAAAUCAAGGUGAGGGGUCGAUCACUCUCAUGAAGUGGUGCGAGACGAGCAUUCACAUUAAGUUUUAAAGAAAAAUUAUUAGAACUUUUUUUAUUGCAAGGCAAACAGUUUGUCACUUACUUAAAACUUUUCAGGUUAGUGUGGGGUGUGCACAUCUUUUCUGUCCAUACUGGCAUGAACCAAAAAACAUAAUUGUGGUCAAUUGUAAAAGGCACACAGUACCUAGUUUCAACUCGUAAAAAAUGGACACCAAGUUUAGUUGAUGUACAAACCUGUAACACAUUUGGAUAAAGUUAAAAUGGGAGUGAAAGAAGAGUCUGUGAUGUUAAAACUGGAAAAUAUCCUUAAAAAAUAGACGAGAACUCUAAUCAAUACCCGCUACUUCUCGGAUGCAUGUGUGUUUUUAAAAAUAUGAAAAAUGCAUUUUGUGAUAUUAGAAACAACAGGAUGACCAGAAACACUUCAAUUUUACGGAAAUGGAUAAUCUAAACAAUAAAAUAUAAGUAAUGUUUGAUUUCAAUGAUCAUAAACGGCUCUAAUAGUGAAAAAUAUGCUGUAGUGUUUAAAAACUGGGGUCUGUCCCUUUAAUUGAAUCCAUAGACAUUGCCCUAUUUUUGGUGACUGUUUAACAUUUUCUCUAAGUGACGUUCUUUCAGAAUGGCUCACAGACUGCUGUCAGAAGCUGUGGUAUGUGCUGUCCUGUACAUGUGAAAGUGCCUGUAAAUUGUGUUCAGUACAUUCCAUCAGUGACCCACAGAACUGAGACUGACACUCAUGCUGGUGUUAUUUAUUUAUUUAUUUAUUUAUUUACGAGUGUUCAGGUUUUUACAAUAAUCAUUCGACAGUUCAUGUACAUGUAAUACAAGCCUGGGCCCAAUUUCACAAACCAUCGUAAGCCCAAUUUUGCAUGUGAAUGUAAAUCUACAACUAAACCACAAUUCUUAUUACUAUUAUAGUACAGCAAAUAUUGUUAGAAACACAUAUUUCAUUUUCUUUUGUCCUUAAAAUAUUUUCCGUAAUGAUGUAAUUUUCUUCGUGAAAUAGAUGCCAAACACUUGUAAAUUUCUGCCUGGUAUAGCUGAUAGUCUCAGACAUAAACUUAAGAUGUUUUGUGAAAUUGCCCCCUGCACUGUUAUGCCAUCCAAUUUGAAUUUUUUUUUUUUUUUCAACACUCAUUAAAACAUUACUGAUUUGUCUUCAUCACUAGAAAAUCAUCCAUUUAACUCGCGUGUUGUUCAGUUUUUUACCAUAAUCAUUUGACAAUUCAUGUAGCAUGUCCAAUAUUGUGCCGUCCAGUGCGAUUGUUUUGUUUAAUAUUUUAAAUAAACUUGUUAACAUAUCUCUAAAAAAUGAACUGAUUUUUUUGUCAGUUUUAAACAUUAUCCAUUCAAGUUAUAUGUACAUGUGCUUAUUCAGGUGUUUUUUUUACCAUCAUUAUUUAACAAUUUAUGUAAUACAUGUCUGUACUAUUGUGCCAUUCAGUUCAAUUAUUUUGUUUAAUGUUUUAAAUAAACUCCUUAAGUAUCUCUAUAAAAUUAAUUAAUUUGUUUAUCACCAUAGACAUCCAUUCAAUUAGCAUGUGCAACACAUGCUGGGGUUUUUUACCAUCAUUCAGGGCUUCUAGAUUAUGGCAGCCCCAUUCCCAUGGCUAGUGAUAUUCAAUGUUGGGCUAGUAAAUAUCUACUAUUGCCAUGCCAGACAGGGCUUCUAGAUUAUGGUAGCCCC